AAGGCCGGGAUUCCCGCCUAUUGGGAACAAGGAAGUCAUUUUCUUUCAGUGAAAAAUGUGAUCUCAUUGAAGCGUAUGACAAAUUGCCAAAAACGAACCAACGAGAUGCAGCAAAGAAGCUUGGUGUUCCUCAGGCCACCUUGUGUAGAAUACUUAAACACAGAGAAACAAUCAUCGCUGCUGGCAAGGGAGAGAGAAAACGACUUCGCACUGGUAGAGCACCUGUGGUGGAAGCCGCCCUCUUAAAGUGGAUCGAUAAUGCCCGGUCAUGUAAUGCCCCCUUGAGUGGGGAUUUGGUGAAGGAGAAGGCGGGAGAAUUGGCAGUGAAAUUAGGAGAGGACAAUUUCAAAGUUUCAAUCGGCUGGUUCGAGCGGUUUAAAAAGAGGGAGAACAUCGUCUUUAAGAAAUUGCAUGGUGAGGCGGCUGAGGCUGACAUUGUUUCACACGACGAAUGGCUGGAGGACCAGUGGGUACAGUUGAGACAAGAAUACGCAGAUUCAAAUUGGGCCAAGAGUGGAAGAAGAUUCUCCUGCUUGUUGACAACUGUACAGCCCAUGAUGUUAAAAACACAACACUGAGAAACAUCCGACUUGAGUUCCUGCCAAAGAACACAACCUCCAUUCUCCAGCCCUGUGAGCAGGGGAUCAUCAGAACAGCCAAAGCUUACUUUAGAAAAGAGAUGGCCCACAGUGUGCUGUGCCACACCGAUGAGGGAAGCAGAGUUACUGCUGUAGACAUAGCAGAUAAAAUCAGCCUCCUGGAUGCUGUUCUAAUGCUAAGGGAUGCCUGGGCUGAUGUUGAAGCCUCCACAAUAAGAAAUUGUUGGAGGAAAGGAGGCCUAGUCAUUUCACCAGUGGAGGAACUGACAGCUAUUGAUUCAACUGCUGAGAUAAACACCGCAGAGUUUGAGCAGUGGAUUGCAACUGAUGACAGUUUGUUAGAGGCUUUUAUGGAUGAGGACAUCGUCACAGAGGAGAGAGAGCGCUUUGGUGUGGAUACCGAUUCUGUCGGCAGCGAGGAGAGAGAGGAGGAAGAAGAUAAGACCCCUGUGCUAUCCCUGGCUGAGAUGAGAAAUGCAAUCUGCAUUUUAAGGACUGGUUUGCUGCAUUUGGGUUUUAACAACUUUGACCUUUUGCAUUGUUUUACAAAAGAAGUGGAUUUGGUUUUGGACAAAUCCACGAUACAGGAAUCAAUCAAGUUUGUGAAAUGACUUAUUUUCAUGUGGCGCAUGAGACGACUAAAGAGGGGACCUCGUCCUUUUGUUGCAUUUUUUUUUGUGACAAAGUUCAGAAUAUUUUAUGAACAUAUUUGUGUUAAGUCAAUCAGUAAAUCUGAUUUAAUUUGUAUUGACCAUAUUCACA